AUGUUCCUCUUUCUACAGCUCACUGCUAAGGAGGACGUUUCACUGUACGAUCACGCCCUAGGCAACGCUACUGCCCCUCCUACCACUGCUGACAGCACUCAGCGCUCACAGUGGCAGACUCGUGACGCCCACGCUCGCUUCGCUAUUCGUAACUCCCUACCGAUCGACGAGCGCGAGCACUUUGGCCAGCACAAAACUGCUAAGGACCUGUACACUGCUGUAGUCGCUCGCUACUCCUCCCCCGCUUCUGCCACACUAGGCCGCCUCACUCUCCCCUACCUGUUCCCCGACCUGGCCUCCUUUCAGACAGUUGCUGACCUCAUCACCCACCUUAAGACCAGUGAGGCCCGCUUUCGCGCUGCUAUGCCUGACGAGUUCCUCACCAGCAACCCCCCCCCGCUCUGGAUCACUCUCUACCACAUAGUCACCCGCCUCCCCGACUCCCUGCGCACAGCACCUCUCGUGGCGACCCCCGCACCCCGUUCUUUGAGGGGUGUUCCCCUUCCCCUCUCCUCCCCUCUGUCGCCUCUGCUGCUGCUGUCGACCUCCUUGGUGCUGAGAAGGUCGGGGCCGCGUCUGCUUCGAGCGGGCGCCGCAAGAGCAAAGGGGGCAAGGGUGGAGGUGGCGGCGGAGGAGGUGGGGGUGGAGGCGGUGGGAGUGGAGGAGGGGCUGGAGAGGCUAGUGGCGGCAGUGGGGGUGGUGACAGCAGCGGCGGGAGUGGCGGCAGGGGUGGAGGCGGCAGCGGAGGCGGAGGUGGUCGUGGCAGCGGCAGGGGUGGAGGUGGCCGAGGCGGUGGCGGCGGCAGUGGUGGUCGUGGAGGCGCUGGCGGUGGCCAGAGUCAGCAGCCCGCCCCGUCGCUUCAGGCCGCCCUUUCCUGAUGCCACUGAGCUGCCCCGCUGGGCUGAUCUGGAGAAGAAGGGAGUUGAUAUCUGGGCUUUAGACUUUGAUGCUAUUCUCACUGCCAUGUAUGCGAUGUUUACUAGUGGAGAGGGUGCUCAGUACUUGCGUGUUCCGCCCGACCCGGGCAUUCAGACCAGUCCGGCUGCCGCUCUAGGUGCUAGUGAGUCUGCUGCCCCAGGUCCUGGUGAGGCUGCUGCUCUAGGUGCUAGUGAGUCCGUGCCCUCUGGUACUGAGUCGACUGCAGCACUGCACACCUUCACACUGGACUCAAGUGCUUCUCGCUGUUUCUUUCGUGACCGCACUGCCCUUGAGCCGCUUGCUCGGCCAGUUGCUGUCUCCCUAGCUGACCCCUCAGGGGGUCCGGUCGUUGCGACCUCCUCCACUGUCCUUCCUUGUCCUGCGUUCACCCCUGCUUACGAGCGCGUGACCCACUGCACGUGUGCUCGGACGGGCCGUCACCUGGCUACCUUCACUUGGCAGCCGGGGUCGGACCUGUACACACUGACCACUGAGUCCCCUCAGGUAGCUGCGUCCGCGUCUGCGUCUGCGUCAGGUCAGCUGUCCGCCCCCUGCUCGUGUCGCUCUCUGGCGCAUGAGACUGUCCUCUGGCACCACCGCCUUGGUCACCCGUCUGUGCAGCGCCUUUGGGCCAUGCACAAACGGGACCUUGUUGCUGGUCUUCCCAGGGUUCUCCCUCCCCUCCCACCCUCGCCUGCUCCUCCCUGUCUUCCCUGUGUCGAGGGGCGGCAGCGCGCCGCUCCUCACUCCUCCUCCUUCCCCCCGACGACUGCUCCUUUGCAGACGCUCCACAUGGACGUGUGGGGCCCAGCCCGCGUCCGUGGUCAGGGUCAGGAGAGGUACUUCCUGAUUGUUGUUGACGACUUCUCGCGCUACACCACGGUCUUCCCCUUGCGCACCAAGGGUGACGUCCCUGAUGUCUUGAUCCCUUGGAUCCGCAGAUCUCGUCUCCAGCUCAGUGAGCGUUUCCGCUCCGACUUCCCUGUCCUGCGUCUGCACUCUGACAGAGGUGGGGAGUUUUCCUCUGGCCUCUUGGAGGCCUUCUGUCAGCAGGAGGGCAUUGAGCAGUCGUUCACGCUUCCGGCCUCUCCACAGCAGAAUGGGGUUGCUGAGCGCCGCAUUGGCUUGGUCAUGGAGGUCGCUCGUACCUCCUUGGUUCAUGCGGCUGCCCCCCACUUUCUGUGGCCGUUUGCAGUCCGAUACGCUGCGCAUCAGCUCAACCUCUGGCCCCGUGUCUCCUUACCGGAGACUUCUCCGACACUGCGUUGGACGGGAGAGGCUGGCGAUGCGUCGCGUUUUCGGGUCUGGGGAUCUCGAGCUUUUGUUCGCGAUACGUCCGCGGACAAGCUCUCCCGUCGAGCUGUCCCCUGUGUCUUCCUUGGCUUUGUCCCGGACGCGCCUGGUUGGCAGUUCUACCACGCCACCUCGCGUCGUGUCCUGGCCUCUCAGGACGUCACUUUUGACGAGUCCGUCCCCUACUACCGCCUCUUCCCCUACCGCACUGCCCCGCUCCCCCCCCCGCCUCUCUUCCUCGCUCCAGGUGCUGAGGUCCCAGACCCCCUCCCCCCUCAGGGUGCCGCUCCCUCAGGUGUGUCCCAGGUAGACCCGGUUGAGCCUGUCGAGGUAGCUGUUGACUCUCGUCCUGCUGGGGGUACUGAGCCUGACCGUGAGGAGUCUGAGGGUGCUGAGCCUGGGGGUGCGGAGCCUGGAGGUGCUGAGCCUGGGGGUGCGGAGUCUGGAGGUGCUGAGCCUGGAGGUGCUGCGUCUGGGGGUGCUGCGUCUGGGGGUGCUGAGCCUGGGGGUGCUGAGCCUGACCGUGCUGAGUCUGGGGGUGCGGAGCCUGGGGGUGCGGAGUCUGGAGGUGCUGAGCCUGGGGGUGCUGCGUCUGGGGGUGCUGUGUCUGGAGGUGCUGAGCCUGAGCGUGCUACACCUGGAGGAGCCCUCUCCUCCCAGCAGCUUCUUCGGAGUGGUGCUCCUGGUGCUGCAGACCCUGGGGGUGGCGCUGCUGCUGGUACUGAGGACCCGGGCGUUGGAGCUGCUGCGGGUGCUGAGGACCUGGGCGGUGGCGCUGCUGCUGGUGCUGAGGACCCGGGCGGUGGAGCUGCUGCUGGUGCUGAGGACCCGAGCGUUGGAGCUGCUGCUGGUGCUGAGGACCCGGGCGGUGGCACUGCUGCUGGUGCUGAGGACCCGGGCGGUGGAGCUGCUGCUGGUGCUGAGGACCCGGGCGUUGGAGCUGCUCCUGGUGCUGAGGACCCGGGCGGUGGAGCUGCUGCUGGUGCUGAGGACCCGGACGUUGGAGCUACUGCGGGUACUGAGGACCCUGCUGCUGGUGUCUCUGCUCGUUCUGGAGACGCUGCGCGGCCGCGACCGUACUUCGUACCGCUCCUUCAGCAGGUUCUUGGUCAGACUCCUCCUCCUUGUCCUCCUCCCUCCGUAGAGUGUCCUCCGCCUGUCCCGCCGCAGUCACAGUUACCGCCUGCCUCGCCUCUCCCUGCUCCCUCUCCUUACACUGGUCCCACGGGAGGUCUUACAGAGCGUCGUGAGCCUGAGUCUCGUCCUGCGUCGCCUGUUCGUACUGCUCGCACUGGUCGUCGUGUCCCACGUGAGCGUCCUCCUCCUGUCCCUGGCACUCACUACAUGACUCUGCGUCCCUCCACUGCUCCUCAGCGUGUCCCGCUACCGUCUCCUCCCGCUUCCUCUCUUCCUACUCUUCCUGACCCGGAGUCUGACUCCCGUCGUGCUGCCAGUCCCACUGUCACGCGCCUCCUCGCUACUGUUGUCACUGACCCUACCUUUGAGUCCUCUGCUGCGUCUGCGCUGGUCGCUGAGCUGGUUGACUUUGCUGCCCGGUGUCGUCUAGACUACGCUGCUAGCCUUGUCGCUGAGUCUGAGUCUGAGUCUGUCUGUCCUCCGUCCGUCGGGGGUGAGUGUGCUCUUGGCACGGACGUCCUUGAGGACAGACAGGAGGAGUUCCAGUGCCUUGCUGCUGUUUUGCCCCGUCUCGUGUCCUUACUAGUUGCCCCUGAGGGAGACCCGGAUGCUCCUGACAUCCCGACCCCGCGCUCUUACGCUGAGGCGAUGGCGGGUCCCUACUCCUCUCAGUGGCAGACAGCCAUGGACGCAGAGAUGGCUUCCUGGAAGUCCACACGCACCUACGUCGACGAGGUUCCCCCUCCUGGGGCGAACAUCGUCAGUGGCAUGUGGAUUUUCAGGGUGAAACGGCCGCCGGGUUCUCCUCCUGUCUUCAAGGCGUGCUACGUUGCUCGAGGCUUCAGCCAGCGAGAGGGAGUUGACUUCUUUCAGACCUUCUCCCCCACCCCGAAGAUGACCACUCUUCGGGUGCUGCUGCACAUAGCCGCUCAGCGCGACUACGAGCUUCACUCACUUGACUUCAGCACUGCCUUCUUACAGGGCAGCCUGCACGAGGAGAUCUGGCUGCGUCUCCCUCGUGGUUUCACUGGGUCGGUUCCUCCUGGUACCCAGUGGAGGCUCCAGCGGCCAGUCUACGGUCUCCGCCAGGCACCGCGUGAGUGGCACGACACACUGAGGACGACACUUGCGGCUCUAGGGUUCGCUCCCUCUACUGCUGACCCGUCACUGUUUCUACGCACAGACACCUCACUGCCGCCGUUCUACAUCCUCGUGUACGUCGACGACCUGGUCUUUGCCACUGCUGACACCGCGGCACUCGCCCACGUGAAGUCGGAGCUGCAGAGGAGACACACGUGCACAGACCUGGGGGAACUGACGAGCUAUCUUGGCUUGCGGAUCACCCGGGACAGAGCACGGCGCACCAUCACCUUGACUCAGUCACACAUGGUGCAGCAGAUCCUUCAGCGCUUCCGCUUCACGUACUCCUCGCCUCAGUCCACUCCUCUGCCUACCGGUCACUCGCUCUCAGCUCUGCCUUCGGAUGAGUCCGUAGAGCCGAGUGGCCCGUAUCCAGAGCUUGUGGGCUGUCUCAUGUACCUGAUGACCUGCACUCGACCUGACCUGGCAUACCCUCUUAGCAUCCUUGCACGCUAUGUCGCUCCUGGCCGUCACAGGAAGGAGCACAUGGAUGCCGCUAAGAGGGUGUUGCGCUACUUGUGCAGUACGUCGGGCAUGGGGCUAGUGCUUGGAGGGCGAGACCGAGUUGUACUCACAGGACACUCAGACGCCUCUUGGGCUGACGACCAGGCUACUCAGCGGUCGUCUCAGGGUUACACCUUCAGCCUUGGCUCUGGCUCAGUUUCUUGGCGUUCUACACGCUCUUCUUCUGUUCUCAGCUCCAGUUGUGAGGCUGAGAUCUACGCCACAGCCAUGGCUGCCCAGGAGCUACGCUGGCUGACCUACCUGCUGACCGACCUGGGAGAGCGGCCUCGUUCUCCUCCAGUGCUGUACGUCGACAACAAGGCUGCCAUUGCCUUGUGUGAGGAGCACAGACUGGAGCACAGAACGAAGCACAUCACCCUGCGGUACUUCCUUGCUCGAGAGCUGCAGCAGCGCGGUCAGCUUUGUAUUCGUCACGUGGCCACUAAGGCCAACACUGCUGAUGUGUUCACCAAGGCGCUUCAGCCUUGUGACCAUCAGCGCUUCUGCACUCUGCUAGGCCUUGUGCCUACUGGACCUCAUUUGCUUACUUCUUGA